UUUUCGAGUUCCCCGACACAACUCGGUCUCAGUCUCCCCCAAUGCUGGCCGAGUCAUGAAAAUGAGGCUAACACAGCGUGCUUCGUGUAGUUUUCCUAGCGUCCUUGUUGUUUAUAUUUGACUCAUGACUUCAAACGAAAGUKUUAAAGAACUAAACCAAUUCAAAUCUUCAGAAGACUUAAGAAAAUUAAAGGUAGAACAGCUGAAAGCGAUUUUAAAGAAAUCUGGGGAGCCAACAAGCGRAAGAAAAGAAGAUCUUGUCCUACGUUGCUUCGUUCUUGUCGAACGAUCGAAAGGAGGUCCAUUGAAUKACAUAACAAACGAUUCUGUGCCUUCUACGACAUCUUCUGGUGAUAUUUCUUACGAAGURAUUAUUAGAGAAGCCAACAAUUGCGUGUGGAGUAAAGACCUUAGAGAACUUCCCGCGUUUACAUUCGUACAACUCUACGAUUAUCUGGUAAAGAAGACCUCAAAGUACAGCAAUCUUGAUGUGUCAGCUAGCGCUGGUUACAAAAAGUUGAAAGCCUUCAACUUUUUCAAAGAAGGYCAUAUAAAGGACCUUCAACUAUGCCAAAAAGACAACCAUGUCUUUGUCAAAGGAGAGGUUCUUGCCUCAAUGAAAUCCGAAAAAUACAAGUCAGUCUUGGUUUUCGAUCGAACUAGCAAUGAUAUUGUGAGAGCUGCUUGCAAGUGCCCUGCAGGGAAAGGUGAAGGUGGAAUGGGCCGAUGCAACCACAUUGGAGGGAUAGUCUUUGCGAUUGAAGAUUUCAACCGGUCUGGACUUAAAGAAAAGGAUCAACCUGUGUCUUGCACAUCAAAGUUAUGCGGCUGGAAWGUUCCCAGGAAUAUGAAAGUAGAGCCAAGUCCAGUUGACAACAUAGUCUUUCAGAAAAUCAGAUAUGGCAAAGCGACAUCUUCACGUGCCAAGAUCACAUCUUAUGACCCACGUGMCCCGGAAGAUAGGGGUCUUGACACUCAAGCUUUGGCAGCAAUGGGAGAAAAACUGUCUCGCUGCUUACAGAGCAGCAGCUUCUUUCUUUUUCAUAAUAUUAARCCAUCAGAUUCUUCUGCUGUUCAAAUUGACAGUAUUUGUGAAUCCAUUCCUGGUGAUGCAAWUGAUYUGUGUGAACUUCAACAACCUGAAGAAUGUGACCCAGAAGAUGYCCCAUUCAGUGAUGAUUAUAACAUUAAUACUAAAGCAUUCAAGCAAAUCAUUGACUGUUAUGUUGAAGGACAYGAGAUAUCUGAUGAGGAAGUAAGAGAAACUGAGAGGAAAACCAGAGGUCAGAAUGAAAACAAAGAAUGGAAAAAGUUAAAAGAAACAGUUCUUACUGCAUCAAACUUUAAGAAAUCAAUUAUCAGAAGAAAAGAACCAGACCUCCUUUUAAAUGACAUCAUGUACAUAAAGGAACAACAGAAAGUGGUCCCAUCACUUGCUUAUGGAAUAAAAUAUGAACAGGACGCUGUAGAUUGCUAUGUUGCGUUACACCAUGCAGCAGGCAAUACCAAGCUUACUGUAACUGAAGUGGGGACAUACAUAUCCAGUAAAACACCUGGUCUAGGUGCAAGCUUGGAUAGACUGGUGUUUGAUCCCUGCUCUAAAGAUGGAACAAAAGGUGGACUUGAAGUGAAAUGUCCAUAUUCCAAGCGUGGUAUGAGUGUCAGAGAGGCUUGUAGUGAUAGUAAGUUCUACCUCACACUUACAGAUGGACACCCAGUUCUAAAGAGAAGCCAUGCCUAUUUUUACCAGAUCCAGGGGCAAAUKUAUGUUUGCAAUCUACCAUGGGUUGACUUUGUUGUAUGGUUUGGCCAUGACGAUAUUGCAGUCCAGAGACUUAAAUUUGACAGUGAAUGGUGGGUAAAGGAAGCAAUGCCUGCGUUGAUGUAUUUCUACAAGAGGGCUUUCUUGCCAGAGGUUUUAACCAGAAGAGUGAAGAGAGGAGUCCCCUUGUACAGACAUGGUGGAUGGGCUCAUUAUGGACAAUCUAAAAAGCUGAGGUCCUCAUAAAUACACAGUAAUAAUUGUUUAACAAGCAUGAUCUCAUUUAAAAACCUGAUGGCUUGUAAAUAGGAUUUUAAUUAAAUAGUUGUUAAUGUUUGUAUAGAGUGAACGCAAUGAACCAUAUAUUUGAGUAUUACAUGUUAUUAUUGUCUAUUUGAGUAUUACAUUUUAUUAUUGUCUAUUUGACUAUUACAGUUUUAUUACAGGUUCAAUGUGUUCACUCUAUCAGAGAAAUAUUAUUAAUCAAUUGUACAUCAGUACAAUAUUUAAAAAUGUUGUGCAAGGAAAAGAAAUCCCUAGAUAUUGCAAUUAAGUGUAUAUUGCAAGAGGACAUUUUUUGGCACUUGAGUUUUUAUUGUUGAACCAAUAUUAUUAUUGGUUUUAUUUCAAGUUAAUCCAAUAUUUUACAAUGAUAAAAUGUUGAAACAUUUUCAAAUCUUAAAAUCUAUCUAACCUAAAGCAAAAGAUAUAUCUACAAAGUAUUUUUUGAUACAAUAUGAUAUAAAAUAAUAUAUUUUUCAACGAUCAGUGUUGUUUUGUUUGCACAUGAAUGACUAUACACAUGGAUUAGAAUAGUAAAGACCACUGUUCAAUGAUUAUGGUUGACAAUGAAUAGGAUAGUAAAAGCAUGAACCAUUAAUACUUUUCAGAAUUCUACAAUACUUCACAAUAAAGUUAGUAUUGAAUGUUCCAAGCUUUUACUGAUGAACUCUAAAACUUCAAAAAAACCCUGUCAUAUUACAAAAAGAAUWAAUCACAAUUAUGUAUUAGUGAUUUCUACUUAUGUAAAUGAUGUAAUUAAGAUGUCACAAGCAUUCAUGGCAGUACUAUUAGUAAUAAAAGGCAAAGUAUAAUUA